GCAAUGUCGCAGAAAGAGAGACCCAAGUUUUACCUGCAGGAGGUCAACAAAGCCAUAUGGGAAGUCCCGGAGCGCUACCAGAACCUAUCCCCAGUCGGCUCCGGCGCUUACGGAUCGGUUUGUUCCGCUUACGACGUGAAGAGCGGUUUGAAAUUGGCUGUGAAGAAGCUCUCCCGACCCUUUCAGUCAAUCAUCCACGCCAAGCGCACAUACAGGGAGCUACGCUUGUUGAAGCACAUGAAGCAUGAAAAUGUGAUCGGCCUCUUGGAUGUGUUUAGCCCCGCCACGUCUCUAAAGGAGUUCACAGAUGUGUACCUUGUCACUCACUUAAUGGGCGCGGACCUCAACAAUAUCGUGAAAUGUCAGAAGCUGACAGAUGACCACGUGCAGUUCCUCAUAUACCAGAUCCUCAGAGGAUUAAAGUACAUCCACUCAGCAGACAUCAUUCACAGAGAUCUGAAACCCAGCAACCUGGCAGUAAAUGAGGAUUGUGAACUGAAGAUUUUGGAUUUUGGCUUGGCGCGGCACACCAACGACGAGAUGACUGGCUACGUGGCCACCCGCUGGUACCGUGCUCCAGAGAUCAUGUUGAACUGGAUGCAUUACAACAUGACAGUGGAUAUUUGGUCAGUGGGCUGCAUCAUGGCCGAACUUCUCACAGGAAGAACUUUGUUCCCAGGAACAGAUCACAUAAACCAGCUUCAGCAGAUAAUGCGGUUGACGGGAACACCGCCGACGUCACUAAUAAACAGGAUGCCCAGCCACGAGGCCAGAAACUACAUCAGCUCCUUGCCACACAUGCCCAAGAGGAAUUUUGCUGACGUAUUUAUUGGCGCCAAUCCUCUAGCUGUAGACCUGCUGGAGAAAAUGUUGGUUCUGGACACAGACAAACGGAUAACUGCAGCAGAGGCGCUGGCUCACCCAUACUUUUCUCAGUACCACGACCCCGAUGACGAGCCUGAGGCCGAGCCGUACGAUCAGAGCUUUGAGAGCCGCGAGCUUGAAAUUGAAGAGUGGAAACGGUUGACCUACGAGGAGGUGUGCAGUUUCGAGCCGCCCAUCUUUGAUGAGGACGACAUGGAAUAA